UCCAGGGAGGGGAGGGAGGCCAUGGAGGUUCCACUUGUCAACUUUGAAAACCUGGACGACAUUGGAAUCAACUUGGGAGACCCGAGCGAUUCGGGAUAUCCGACUUCACCCACCUCGGAUACCCCGGAACCCAACCAGGGAACACAUUCCCCUACACACUCACCCCAAAGAGGAAGACAUACGAGGCACACGCCAAAGUCCCCGCCAAUGCUCAGCAAGAAAGGAACGUCGAGCUGCAACAGUCUGAUUUCCAACUGGAAGGUUUUAAUGGGAAGCGAGGGAAGUCCAAACGAGGUUCUCUUGGGAAAGGUAGCCAAGGAUUGUUGUGAUGAUUAUUUCGCAGAAAAGGAGAAAUUUGAGGAGGGCGAACAAAAAGUGGUCAUCAACGUCUCGGGAAUGAUGUACGAGACUACAAUGAAAACUCUAAAUCAGUUUCCUGAUACUCUGCUCGGGGACCCCAUGUUACGGAUUCAUUAUUUCGACCCCAUGAGAAAUGAAUAUUUCUUCGAUCGUAACCGUCCCAGCUUCGAUGGAAUCCUGUAUUUCUAUCAGUCCGGAGGUAAGAUCCGAAGGCCGGCGAAUGUGCCAUUGGAUGUUUUUGCAGAUGAGAUAGUGUUUUACCGACUGGGACAUGAAGUUAUGGAACAGUUCAGGCAGGAUGAAGGUUUCAUCAAAGACCCCGAACCUCAACUACCGACCAGUGAGAUUCAUCGUCAAUUCUGGCUCCUCUUCGAGUACCCAGAGAGCUCCAGUGCUGCCAGAUCAGUGGCUCUAGUGUCUGUUUUUGUCAUCACUAUAUCCAUUUGUAUCUUCUGCCUGGAGACACUCCCAGAAUUUCGAGACGAACGGGAAUACCUACCUGCGAUCGUCAACCUAACCCGUGACGCUAAUGGUACACUCCUCUCCCCUACAACUUCUCCAAAGGCCCACAUCUCUGCCUUUAGUGACCCCUUCUUUUUGGUAGAGACUAUCUGUAUCAUCUGGUUCUGCUUUGAGCUCGGAGUGCGCUUUGUGGUGUGUCCCAGCAAAAGUGAGUUUUUCGGUAACAUCAUGAAUGUAAUUGACAUUGUGUCUAUCAUGCCCUACUUCAUUACCGUCAUAACGGAACUGAUGGCCAACCAUCAAGAUCCCAGCGCCAACCAGAACAUGUCUCUGGCCACUCUACGCGUAAUUCGUUUAGUGAGGGUUUUCAGGAUCUUUAAGCUUUCCCGACAUUCCAAGGGGCUCCAGAUUCUCGGCCAAACCCUAAAGGCCAGCAUGAGGGAGCUGGGUUUGCUUAUUUUUUUCCUCUUUAUUGGCGUCAUCCUCUUCUCCAGUGCCAUUUACUUUGCUGAGGUUGACGAACCCGAUACCCAGUUUGUGAGCAUCCCAGAGGGGUUCUGGUGGGCUGUGGUUACCAUGACGACAGUCGGCUACGGCGAUAUGUGCCCUAUCACGUUAGGGGGUAAGAUGGUCGGGAUCCUCUGUGCCAUCGCCGGAGUGCUGACCAUUGCACUUCCUGUUCCCGUCAUCGUCUCCAACUUCAAUUACUUCUACCAUCGGGAAACGGAGCAGGCGGAGAAACAAGUGAUGGAUGCCGCAGCUGAAGCCGCAGCGAACCAGAAAAGUGGAUCUGAGGAAAAAUUUGAAAGCAGUUAUUCACUGGACAAGAGCAAUGGGAAUUGGCAGACAGGGAAAAAUGGCAUUCCUUAAGGAUUGUUAUACUUAGCAUGACUAGCAAUAAUGAGACUGUACAACAAUGCACUUAGAGACUUGCAGUUUAUGGUUUGACAAUUUAAAAAAAGAUUGAUUUUAAAUACAAACCUGAUGCUAUACAUACUCCAACGGUAUCUAUGCAGAAAGUGCCGUUUCACGGUACAACCUCAAACUGAAAGCUGUUUUAGCCAAAGGCUGCUAAAAACAUCUUAGUAACAUCUCAGAAGCACUACUUUAACCGACUACACGGAGUCAAAAAAUGUGCGAGUAUCCCUUUAAGGCCUGGCAGUAAUACAGACUGAAAUAUACUUAAAUGAAAAAGCUGCUUAUCAUUUGUGAGGCAAACGGCUGCAUUUGACUGAGGUCAAAUCAAGCAUUUAAUUUAUUGCGAUUAAGUGCCUGUGUUGCCAAGUCCCUCACAUUAAUGCCGAGGAAUCACGAUUCUGCACUCCAAGCGUCCACCCAGCACCAUCUUUUGCUGAUGUUGCCGUUCCUGUAGAGUUUUGCACUGACAUCACCUUUUGUCUUUUCAGCUUGUGAGAGAAAAGCUUAUGCCAAACUGUCAAUGUCACAGAGCGACUCGUCUAACAGCUUUAGUUAUCACACAUUAUCAGGCCUGUUUGGAUUUUAACUACAUCGUCUUAAGCAUGCAAGUAAGGAUGACCCACAGUGCUUUGCAGCAUCCCCUUGAUGUUUCACGUUUGUUCACUGCUGUUUCUGUUCUGAACAACAAGACAUUUAUCAACACAUAGAGAAAGCUUACGCUAUAUUUCAUUAGAUAUAGAUUUUCUUUGCAACCCAAGUAGAUUUGUUUUAAGGUAGCUUGGCAACUUCAUUUUCUUAUGCAACUUCGUAUACUUUCUCUCAUUUGACCGAUGUACAGACAUAUCAAACACUUGUAUACGAAAGCACUCAUGUUAGAGAUUAUGAUAGACUUAUAAAGUUAUAAAUUGCAUCCAGCAGAAUACACAGCACUUACAUGUAUGUUAUAAACUAAAAGGCUCUACCGGCCUAGAUGCACAUAGAUAGGUGUGGCUGGAAAACGCACAAACGUUUUGAAGUUAUGCACGAAUUCGUCAAAUAAUACUUGUCGGUCAAAUUGAGCACAGAAAAACUUGAAUUUAAGUUGUUGUUGUUUUUAUUGGUGAAGGCAAUAAGUUUUAUUUGGGAGAUUGUAUCAAUUAAGUGAUGACUUGACAAGCCAUUAAAGCAGAAAGCAUGGUUGCACAAUGCAUGUACAGUAUAAGGAAACCAUUAACGGUCAACUUAUGGACUGUAUCAUUAAAUUUUCUGUGAGCUUAAACAACAUAAUAAACAAACUAGGAUAAUUCAAGCAAUAGCAGCAAUAUUUAAAAUAAUAUAACUACAAGAUUUUCUUUUUGCAGGCACACAAAUGAGCUCACAUCUGUUUAUGUUCAUGAUUGCUUUCAUUUCUUUUUAAUGCCAUGCCAGUUUCUAUGGCUAUGUUCAUAGCGAGAGUCGGAUUUAAUUAUAAAGAAUGAAACUACAUUUUUUUUCCUAAAAAACGGUAAAACUACAGUAAAAUUUGGAUUUACUUGGUAAAAGACUUUUUUAAGUAUCUGUAAAUGAUUGUUAUAGAAAAAUGGGUUUAUAUAUAGAUUACCUUUCCAUAACUGGACAACUUCUCUAUUUGGAGAAAGAAUUAAAUUAUUUAUUUUUUUGUGAUUUCUCCAUGUCUAAAUGUUAUAUUUCCACUAUGACAUUUAUGUUGAGAGAUUAUUCCCUGCAUUAUUUGCAUAAUAUACAGUAUAUUGCACAUAUGAAUUUUUGUUGUUGUUGUAAAAUGCAAAGUUAUAAAAAAAGAGAUGAAAUAUGUUUCCAAAGCAAAUUGUAAAUUGAUUGUAGCAUUUCAGCACUGACUAAAGCAAAGCAAUACAGCACUUUUCAGGGAAGCUGGAAUAAGUUUUCCAAUAAGCUUGAAUGAUCAAUUAUGCCAGCAGGUAACAUUGCAUUUUUUAGACAACAAAUGCAUAAUUGAAAAAUGCUUCCUAUUUAAAAGUAUGUUUUAAAGUAUGCAUGAAAAUACUAACAUUUAUGAAUUCUGACAAAAUGAUCUUGACUUGAAGUAGAAAUAUUUAAAGAUGUCCUCCAUUGUGUCAAUGGAAAUUCUUGAGUAUAUUCCCUUAUGCAUGUGUAUUUUAUAUUAUAGUAUAGUAAAAUAUCAAUGUUAGAAUAUGAGAAAGUCAUUGGGAAAUAUUCAUAAGAGUUCGAUUUCGAUUUUAUAAAAUUGUCCCACCAACAAAGGUGAUAAUGCCAGUGUUAUGAUGAGCGAGGUCAUGAUGGCAUUUAGCAUCUCACGAAUGUAUGCUAUGGCUGUAUGAUAUAUUGAUUGUUUAAGCACUAUAUUUUAUUCAUGAUUUUCUGAGUGCCUUUUAUUAAAUAUAUAUUCCAUUUAUUGGCUCCAUCUUAAUGUGUUUUGACAAGAGCUCAUAAACACACAUUGGAUUGUGUGUUACUUCAUACAAAAGUAAAAAAUGUCCUGAAAUAUAUUAUUUAAGCAACCUGUCGAGUUUUUCAGGGACGGAGACUAAACAGUGCGAGAUCCUACAAUAAGAGCACAUUAAUUUUUUAGUUCAUUUUGUUUGUGUAUGUCUGCAUGCAUUAAUGUUUCAGGGAUCAUGGUCUGAACAGAGUUUUGUUGUGCGUGCGUGUGAAUAGACACAAAGGUCACCCACACUGAAAUCUAAAUUCAGCUUUGAUUUAUUGUUUAUUUUGUCCAGAAAUUUGUGUCUCUAUGUCUUUGAAUUUCCACUUGUAAGCAUUGCUUUUCAUAAGAUACACGCCAUGCGAUUUCAUGUUUUGUUCGAGGGGACAUAUUAUGCCCAUUUUUACAAGAUGAAAUAUAAGUUUCAGGUGUGCCUAGAAUGUGUCUGUGAAGUUUUAGCUCAAGAUACCCCACUGAUCAUUUGUUAUAGCAUGGGCGGAGCUUUGUUUUUGUGACAUCACAUUAAGAAAAUAAUCAAAACAGCAUGUCUAAUGAGACUGCUUUGGUUUAAUGGGGAAUAAAAUAAAAAGGGGAAGGUAGAUUUUUUCAUUGUAUGGUUGUUGUGGACACAUAGGUGAUUCUCACGAAAUCCAGAUUUAGAAGGUAUCCAGCAUCAGAUUUUUUUUUUAAAAGCCCUUGAAGCCAAUUUUUUUUGCACAUAUAAGAUUAAGGUCUGAACUUACUAUAAACAUUAUUUUUAGAGGAUUUAAAAAAUAUUUCCUAUAGAAUAAUUUACCUUUUUAGAUUAUCAUAUCAAAAAUUAUCAUUACCGCAACAUGAUAUUACAUUAAAUAUAUGCAUUUACAAACUCAUGUUUCGGUAAUGAGAACUAAAAAGUUGUCUAGGUACUAUGACCAACAAAAUUUCUACUUUUAUCUGGAGAGAAAAAAUAAGAACUGCUUACCUGGUAGCCAUCUUGAGUAUCACAGUCAAUUAUGUCUCUUCCAACAAUUUUUUUUUUAAAAUGUUAGUUCCUUGAGGGCUGUAACAAUGAUUGAAAAUUGUUGUGGAGGAUGAGAAAAUUUUUCUUGGACACAUUUAUAUUCCUUAUUAUUGUCUCUGCAUUUACCAAUGAUCACCAAAUACCACAUGUUUCUUUACUGUAAAUGUUUAUAGUGUAACAUGCACUGAAGCUUUUUAUUUUUUAGAUUUUUUAAUUAUAAAUAUUUCCAUGUCAAAGAACCCAAAUCCGGUCAUGGACACAUUGCGGUAUUGAAAAUUUUCCCUUUAAAUGUGGAAAAAACAACAAAAUUGGUUUGUAUGAUAUCAUUUGAAAUCAUGUGCAAAAUAGUUUAUGAAGAGAUGUUUGUAACGGUAUGCUUCUUAUUUUAAUACUCUUACUUUGCAUUUACUUUUUUAUCAAAAUGUUUCACAACACCUCAUAAGUCUAAUUUCGUGAGAAUCGCCCAUUUAUGUCCAAACACCUUGUAAAAGUGGAUUUUCCAUAAUAUGUGCCCUUUAAAAGAUAAAUAAUAGUUGAGAAGGUAUAGAGAACAUUGAUUUUAAAGUUUACGGUAGUAAACGGUAGUUUUUUUUCUUUUUUGGGGUGUUUUGAAUGUGUACAUUUACUAUUAGCAUUCACCUAACACUGCGGCCGGCAGUCCAUUAAAGUUUAAGUUUUAAGUGUUUUGGUUUGCAUACAUGACAGCUUUAUAAGACAGCCUUUUUUAAUGUUAUAUAUCAAAACUUCUGCAUUAAAAACAAAAAAGCUGCUGUGUUUUUUGUAAAGAAACUGUAUUUUUGUUUGCAUCUAAUACAAUGCACUUUCAUUUAA